AUGAACAUCUGUGGCUUCAACCGGAACCGGGUCCUCCCAGAAGCCCAGGAAAACAAUGUGAAGAAGCACCUACCACGCCCUCUGUCUAGGGUGAAUGGCUGGUCACCACCCCUCCACUCCUUUCAGGCACUAACCUGGACCACCUACCUGACCAUGUCCAUUGUCACCUUUGGGAUCUUUAUCCCCUUUCUGCAAACUACCUGGAAACGUGCUGCCAAUAUUGUGAUGGGUGGGGUGUUCACGUUCCACCUCAUCGUGCACUUGAUCGCAAUUACCAUCGAUCCAGCUGACAACAAUGUCCGACUCAAAAAGGACUACAUGAAGCCUAUGCCGACCUUCGACAGGUCCAAACACGCACAUGUGAUUCAGAACCAGUAUUGCCACCUGUGUGAGGUUACCGUGAGCAAAAAAGCCAAACAUUGCAGCUCCUGCAACAAAUGUGUCUCUGGCUUUGACCACCACUGCAAAUGGCUGAACAACUGUGUGGGCAGGAGAAACUACUGGUUCUUCUUCUGCUCUGUGGCCUCAGCUGCAUUUGGGCUUCUUGGUAUGAUGAUUAUCUUGUUGUACGUCUUCAUCCAGUAUUUUGUCGACCCUGAUGAGCUUCGCACAGAUCCCCUAUAUAAAGAGAUCAGCUCUGAGAACAUAUGGCUGCUGUUCCCCUCACUGUGGCCUGUGCCUGUGAAGACCCCUGUGGUCCUUUCCAUCGCGGUGAUGGUACUGCUGCUAGACAUUGCCGGCUUUGUGCUGCUCGGGCAUCUGUUCCUCUUCCACAUCUACCUGAGUAUGUACCACUCUAGUCUUGCCACUUUAGUUCACCUGUCUUGA